CAUAGUUUCGUUUACAAAUGGUUUCCGCAGAUUGGAACACAGAUAAUUUCGAGAGUGACUGUCUCAUUUCUUCAAAGUUAAGGAUCGUUGGGUUAAAAAAUGCCAGGGGAGAAGAAAGACAAGAAGAAGGAGAAGGGUCCUGCUGAGAUAACGUCAUGUGUAUACAUGUUUCCAAAUGGAGAUAAGUAUGAGGGUGAUUGCAUACAAACCGAUGCUGGCUCCAUUGAGAGAACUGGUCAAGGAAUUCACACGAGUGUGACAGGCAUUGUGUACCAAGGCUCAUGGGAAAAUGACAGGAUGAAUGGUCAAGGUAAACUGACCAACCCAUCAAAUGCUUCCUACGAAGGCGACUUUGUCAACAAUCAGUUUCAUGGUAAAGGAAAAUACUGCUGGCCAAAUGGUUCCUUUUAUGAGGGACAAUUUGUUGAAAAUAGAAUGGAAGGUGAGGGAGAGUUCACGGACACAGAGGGCCAAGUGUGGACAGGGACCUUCCGCUAUAAGGCUGCCCCAGGACUCAAGUUUAAGCUGGCCAUGGCUUAAUGUAUAGGAAAGAAAGACUGAUGUGUGUAUGUGUGGGAGUGCGCUCUUGUAUGUGUGUGAGUGUGUUCUUGUAUGUGAUGUGUGUGUGUGUGUGUGUGUGUGUGUGUGUGUGUGUGUGUGUGUGUGUGUGUGUGUGUGUGUGUGUGUGUGUGUAUGUGUGUGUUUGUUUUUAAAAAAAAAUUUUAUUCUUAAAGAAAGAGCAGAGAGUAAGAGAACGAAAAGAAAAGACAGUGGCACUUGAUGAAAAUGUUAGACAGGUUGAAUAAAGAAAAUGAUGUUUGUAAUAGAC